AUGUCACUUGUGCAAGAGCUGAGGGUAUACUUCACAAUACCAAAGCAGCGAAUGUCCGAGGUUGCUCCUACUCCCCAGCCUAAUGAAGUUGUUAAGGUCUUUAUUGACUUUCUCCUCCAAAUUUUAAAAGAAAUAAUGCGUCUUGAGCCAGAUUUCAUUGUUUCAGUCAAGGGUUCUUUCCAAAAUCUCCAGACAGAACUUGGAUUUCUUACCACCUUCCUUGGAGAUGUACCUAUGCGCCUACAGUUCACUGAGGUGAAUGAAACCAAGAAUAUAUUGUCAGACAUCAAAGUUGUUGUCAAUGAGUUUGAGCUCUUGGAAACAAAGAUCAAGGUGCACUGCAUCACAGUCUCGAAGUUGUCAGGUUCUGUCGAUAUAAAGAGUAGUGUGGUUUCACUCUUCAUUGUGGAUUCCCUUCUCGAUGAUCUCGAGGACCUUAUCAAUUAUAAAGCUGAGAGGAUUGUUGGUGUGAAGGAUCUAAUUACAAUACUCUAUGAGGAGGUAACAUUGUUGAGAUCCACCUUCAAUGAUAUUGCUGUGGCACGGCACAUACAACUUGAAGAACUCAUGAUACAAACCCGAGUCGUAGCAUAUGAAGUUGAAUAUGUUAUCAACUCGUUUCCUCCUAUCUGGUAUCUCAAUAUCAGGCUCCCUCAAAUCCUGGAGAAGAUUCAGCUUAUUAAGAUGGCAAUACAGGAAAAGAACAGGACUGUUGAUGCUGGAAUACGAGAAGAAGGAUAUCCAUGCGGGCAAGUACUGCCAUAUGCUAAAGAAUCUCCCCAUUUGGAAGAUAUUUUUGUGGGUUUCAAGGAUGAGAAAAGAAAAAUUUUAGAGCAACUCACCAGAGAACCACAUCGGCAACAGAUUAUCUCCGUUGUUGGGAUGCCGGGACUUGGUAAGACUACUUUAGCAAAGAAAUUAUUCGAUGAUCCUUCCAUUUUCUGUCACUUUGACAAGCGUGCUUGGUGUGUUGUUUCUCAAAAAUAUAAAAAGAAAAACUUAUUGAUCGAAAUGUUGACAUCGACAAAAAACCUUAAUAAAAAAACAAUCUUGAAAAUGGAGGAAGAAAUGGAUGGAGAAACUUUGGGCGAACAGUUUUAUAAAAGUUUAAAAGGAACGAGAUACCUAAUUAUCAUGGAUGAUCUAUGGCAAAAGGAAAUGUGGGAAGACUUGAAAAAAUAUUUUCCAAAUGAUGAAAGCAUAGGAAGUAGAAUCUUAUUCAUGACUCGGAACAAAGAAGUGGGUUCACUUGGUGUUGUUAAUGAACUUCCUUUCCUAUCAGAAGCUGAAUGUUGGGAAUUAUUAAAGAAGGUGUUCCGAGCUGAACCUUGCCCUCCAGGAUUGCUAGAGAUUGGGAAGGAGAUUGCCUCAAGUUGUCAUCGUCUUCCCCUGUCAGUCCUGAUGAUAUCUUCCGUCCUUGCAAAUAUGGAGAAGAAAGAGAGCUCGUGGAUAACAGUGGCAGGAAGUUUAAGCACACACAUAUUUGACCACACAAAGAAUUGUCUCCACGUACUGAAACUUAGUUACCAGCAUUUAUCAGUUCAUCUGAAACACUGUUUUCUAUACUUUGGAGUAUUUGCAGAGGACGAAGUGAUCCCAGUACGAAAGUUGAUAUCUCUAUGGGUUGCCGAAGGGUUUAUAAACAAAGAAACCCACAAGAGCUCAGAAGAUGUGGCAUACCAUUAUCUAAUGGAUCUAAUUCAUAGGGGUCUGGUACUUGUUCAUGAAAGAACAUCUAACGGUGGAGUCAAAACUUGCAUUAUUCAUGAUCUAUUGCAUGAUAUGUGCCUGAGGGAUGGGAUCAAAAUCGGAUCAUCAAUAUAUGAGCAAGAUGGGAGUCUCUUGAGUUGGUUAUAUCUUUCUUAUCCAAGACCUUUUGGUCCACAUGUUCACUCUGUGUUAGGCCGCAGGGUCAUGGAUUUGACGCGUUCAUAUUUGGCAUUUGAUAAUAUAAGUAAAGGAAUAGAAAAGCUGGUUCACUUGAGGUACUUGGCAUCAAUAGAAAAUCUCCACAAACUAGAAUAUCUUCUUGUGAAGAAUAAAGAACAAGUUGAAAUACCAGAGAUCGUUCUUAACAUGAAGAAUUUGAAACAUCUUCAUUUCAGAGGUGGUGCAUACUUCAGUGAAACUUGCCAUUUGCGAGCAACUAAGGAUGGGAGCUUCCAACUAAAUCUACAAUCUAUUUCUUUACUUGUUAUUCGUAAUGAAAUGGAUGCAAAAGUUUUGGGAUGUGCACCCAAUCUCCGCAGAUUGAAAUGCAAGUUUCAGUGUCCUUUCCAGUUCCCUGAUCGAUUUGAAUCACUAAAGAUGAGAGAACUGAUUAACAGCCUUCGAGCCAGGGCUAAUUCGGAAGUUGUCCCUUGA